AUGUCGGCGGUGGAACUGCAGUCGAACAGCUGGAACGUCGCUGCCCUGCAAUAUGCGAUCGAGCUGACGCAGCAAAUAAAGAAGAACUGGCAAAGCGACCAUUACUCCGACGAUCUCGUCGUUUGCGCCCGCAAAUUCUACCUGCACAUAAAGAAGACUUUUGAGGAGAAUGUGCGCACCUCGAAAGAAUGGCGAGAAUUCAGGGAAAAGUUGCAGGAGGAAAUCCUCAUUCUCUUGGUAGACAACCGCCACGCACGGCAAGGAUCCGACUUCUCGGCCACUAAUUUGAAGAAAAUCGUUAAUUCUGGGGGAAGUGCAGACUCAAAAUUCGCGGGUGCUAUCUGUGCGUACAUUUGCUUCAAGAUCUCACACGAGAUAUUCCAAGAGCACAUUAUUAUUUCCAACCGUCUGUCCUCACUGCUCAUGGAAGCUCACGACAACAACAAGAAUAGAACUUUUCAAAGGAAAGAUAUCUUGAUUUCGGAGCUCAUGAUGCUUGUAUAUUCUACCUGCAUGUCGGGCAUGGCGAUUUGGCCUGCUACGUCCAAAUUCGACGAACUCUUAUUCCACGAGGACCAAGUGAAACGCUACCAUGCUUGCUUAUUCUACUUCCACAUGGCCUCAAAGCACCCCAUCGAUUUCUACAGGAAUCACUUUCGCUCGGCAAUGCGUCGAAACAGUCGAAAAACAGAUAAAAUUGUCGCCAAGCUCAUAAAAAUCGUUUGCGAGUCCGUCAACUCUGAGCACAAUGAAAUGCGAGUCGCUGCCUUUAGCGCACUCAAAGCAAUUCUCAAUCUUGUAGCUUCACAAGAAGAAGCGCUAGAAAACCCCAUGGGAGGCGCGCGCUUCACCAACCUCCAACCUAACUCCUCCACUGCCGAAAGACUUCUCGACGAGCACAUACAAACCCUUUCAACGCUCGUGCUUAACCAACGUUCGAUGAAAAACUCGAUCAAUAUUCACCCGUAUCUCCUUCCACUGUUGCCUAAACUUUGUGCCUUCAAUCCAAAGAAGUUUGAGCCCUUCUUCGUCAAAACUAUUGAGUACUGUCUCCAAGAGAUCGCGCCUGCUGGUAAUCAAAAAACAGCAGUCCGACGAAAUCAGGGAACAGCAUUGCUGAGCAUGGGAAUGAUCAUUCAUUUAAUAUGCGAGUCAGACUCGGAAUUGGCUGAUCCAAGUACAAGGCCGACGACAGUUCUCGAAGAGCAGAUCGACACUAAAGUUAUUCCCAAACUCAAGAGUGUGCUAAAAGAAGCUUUUAUUCACUUUCAAAUGAAUAGGGGGAGCGUGGAUUGUGAUCCAACAUUAUUCCAGUGCAUUGAACUGAUUUCGAUAAGCCUUACGGAUCUCCACAAGAAGCUCUGGUUCAAGCCACAGAAUAAGGAAUUUCUGAACAUGAUCGUAGCCUUCGGUCUUAUUGAGAUCAAGGACUCGUGGAUUCGAUGCGUUCAGUCCUUGAACUCGAAGAUAUCCCGUGACCAGGUCUCACAUGGAAUGGAGCAGGUCCUGCUAAAAAACCUCUUCAAUGAACGCCUUCCUAGUCAAAUUAUGAAUGGCUAUUCGGACGAUCACUCCUGCUUAUCCAGUCUUUCUGUUUUGAUACCAUUCAAAAAUGGCGAGGAUUUCGACUUUGGCCGAGUUUCCGUCAGAAAGCGAAUUGCUUCUUUGAAAGCGCUAGAGUGUUUCGAAUUUACGGAUUUCUCACGGUAUAAAAAACUCAUCUAUCGCUGGAAGGAAUAUUUCAACCCGAAGGAAAAAAUUCAGGUGAAAAUCGCUGCCGCUAAAGCAGUAACUCGGGUUUUGCGUCUCUUCAUCAUCCAUUCUUCCACCUGUGGACCCAAUCUUGUUGGCGAAACAACGAUUUCUAAUAUUAUCCGAAAACUGUUACAAAUUGCUGAUACGAUCAUUCCAUACAGGCAGGAAAGCCAAUCGACUCAGCUAAAGCUAGCAAUUUACCGCUCCUUGAAGCCCGAGUUCGAUGCAUAUCUCAUUCAUCAACAUAACUUGGAGCGGAUCAUGAACGCGAUUCACCAGCCGUAUCCGAUAAAAGAAGAGAAUUUCACAGACAGACUGGAGGUGCAAGAAGCCGUGAUGGAAAUCAUUGGACGACUGAAUGCGAUGAAUGCCGCAGAGACGAUGCCACACAUUAGAAUGAUGAUAAAUGAUCUGUGGACACAAUUGCAGAUGCCCGAUCAAGCUUCUGCGAGGCUUUUGGAGGUUCUCUUCCGUCACGCAAACCAGGCCCAGUUAUCUCUCUUCGUUGACCCCACCAUUCGUCAAAUUGAACCACUACUCUCUUACGAAUACGUCCAAAGCUACCCUCCUCGAAUGACAUGCACUCUUAUUGACUGUCUAUCCGCAAUAUCUGCUGUCAACGGUCCACGACUAGAAAAAGGCACCCUGAAUCGUUUCUUUUCGCUCAUUUACCGACUGUUGGUUGAAACAACUGAGCCAACUGUGAAAGUAUCCGCACUUCGUUGUCUCUCGUCGCUCAUCGAGCAUCAUAACUACGUUAUUAGUCCCUAUUUCAAGCACCGAAAGCUUAUGGAUGACAUGUUAGCCUUGGUAACUGCAGAUAAGAAAACAAUGCAGCAUGAAAUUAAUGAGGAGGCCCUGCGAAUGAUUGGUCGGCUGGGAGCACUAGAUCCGUACCAGUAUAAGGAAAUAACUAAGAAGCGCCGUUCCAACAGUAAGAAUGACAAGCAAGAUGGAUUCACGAGUAUAAAUGAGAUGCUUGUCAACGAAUGCAGAUGCCCUGACGAGAAAUUCAUCAUCAGGGUUGCUGUUGAGUUAAUAAAAGCCAAACUCUCUCAUGGAGGCGAUGUUACUGCUCCUCUUCAUUCUCUUGAUCUGCUUAUACAACGGGCUGGAACAAAUAUCCUCCCUCACUUAGGAAAAGUAAUGCCAGAGUUACAUCGCAUCGCACAAGAUCCCUCAGCAAAGAAAGACAUCAAAUCAAACAUUCUCGGUCUGUUCGAAAAGCUUCUGCAGAAAAUGCGUCGACGCGUUUUGCCCUUUAUGAACGAUAUACGACAAACAAUGGAUACACAGAAAGAUAUAAGCCACGCACCUCUGCGGAAGAAACUCGCUCAGCUUAUCUAUCAGGCGGCUUACAAUCUUCAAUACGAGUUCAAGGAUUACAUGGGAUGGGCUGUCCGGUAUAUCCUCGAGCUUUUCGAGAAGCUUAAGUCAUCUACCGAUCCGCAGGACGAAGAAGCGACGAUUUAUUUAGUCCGAGCAAUAGGAAAAUUCGGCUACAUCGAAGCCCAUUAUUCUGUCCUUCUACGUCCGCUAGCAACGAUGCUGCAGAGCGCUACGUCCUCGGAUCAACUCAGAGGUGAAAUACUCGUCGUUCUGGAGGCACGCAUUGUACGUACUGCAAUGCCUGAUUACUUUAUGAUUCUCUCGGAAGCGAUUCUUAUCGCCUUGGAGUACGAAGUCGCCGCAAACAAGCAUACCAUUAUAAAAAAUCAUGGCGAUCAUCCUUCUAAAUUGACAACCGACUAUGUCCUUCGAGAGACUGCGAUAAAAUGUCUCAGGUCGAUGCGUAGCGGAAUGCGCCACUUCAAUCUAUGGGAAGACGAAUACGAUGAUUACUUCCAAAUGAGAACUCGAAGUCUAUGGAAGCCAUCUGAAGAUCCUGAAAUGAUCUUCGAGGAUCAAGCGCUGAAGAAUGACUUUUCUCUCGAUCAAUCGAUGAUUAAGGAGGGUGAGGACGAGCAUGACACUGCCCAUUACAAUUGGCUCAAAGAAGAGUUUGAAGUUGACUGCCAAACCCCUGAAGAUUUCAAAGAUUUGCAAGUACGAAUCAGCAAAUGUUUUUGA